CCCCGCCCCCCAUGGCAGGCGUCCUGGAGGAUGCUAUGGCCGCUGUAGCGCAGAGUUGGGCAGCGGCCACCGGCGUCUUGAAGUGCAGAGAGAGGGUGUCUGGGGCUCUGCUUCUGCCCAGGACCCUGGCGGGCAACCCAUCCCCGGAAUGCUCGGUGAUAGCGAGGAGAGGGAAACCCCUCUUCCCGCGCAGGAGGUUCAAAGUGGAAAAUAUUUAUUGACCAAAUUAACAGGUCUUUGGAGAAUUAUGAACCAUGUUCAAGUCAAAACUGCAGCUGCUACCAUGGUGUUAUAGAAGAGGAUCUGAUUCCUUUCCGAGGAGGAAUCUCCAAGAAGAUGAUGGCGGAAGUAGUCAGACGAAAGCUAGGGACCCAUUAUCAGAUCAUUAAGAACAAAUUAUACCGAGAAUAUGACUGCAUGUUUCCCUCAAGAUGUAGUGGUGUUGAGCACUUUAUUUUGGAAGUUAUUGGGCACCUCCCUGACAUGGAGAUGGUAAUCAAUGUACGAGACUAUCCUCAGGUUCCUAAAUGGAUGGAGCCUGUCAUCCCAGUCUUCUCCUUCAGUAAGACAUCCGAGUACCAUGAUAUCAUGUAUCCCGCUUGGACAUUUUGGGAAGGGGGACCUGCUGUUUGGCCAAUUUAUCCUACUGGUCUUGGACGGUGGGACCUCUUCAGAGAAGAUCUAGUAAGGUCAGCAGCACAGUGGCCAUGGAGAAAGAAAAAUUCCACAGCAUAUUUUCGAGGAUCAAGGACAAAUCCAGAACGGGAUCCUCUUAUCCUUCUAUCUCGGAAAAAUCCAAAACUUGUUGAUGCAGAGUAUACCAAAAACCAGGCCUGGAAAUCUAUGAAAGAUACCUUGGGAAAGCCAGCUGCUAAGGAUGUCCAUCUUGUGGAUCACUGCAAAUACAAGUAUCUGUUUAAUUUUCGAGGCGUAGCUGCAAGUUUCCGGUUCAAACACCUCUUCCUCUGUGGUUCACUUGUUUUCCAUGUUGGUGAUGAGUGGAUAGAAUUCUUCUAUCCACAACUGAAGCCGUGGGUUCACUAUAUCCCAGUCAAAACAGAUCUCUCCAAUGUCCAGGAGCUGUUGCAAUUUGUAAAAGCAAAUGAUGAUAUAGCUCAAGAAAUUGCUGAAAGGGGAAGCCAGUUUAUUAUGGACCACUUGCAGAUGGAAGACAUCACCUGUUACUGGGAAAACCUCUUAACUGAAUACUCUAAAUUCCUGUCCUAUAAUGUAACAAGAAGGAAAGGCUAUGACCAGAUUGUUCCCAAAAUUUUGAAAACUGAACUGUAGUACUCAUCAUAGGACAAGAAUCCUCCCUAUGGCAGCAGAUCUGCUAUCCUGUGGUAAGAAGCUUACUAUGAGUGUGGCACCUAUACCUUGAACACCUUUUAUCAAGCCAAACAUCUGAUUUUCCUUAUCAUGCUGCACUCAGAGCUACUCUUAAGAAAGAUCUAAAAUAUGUGUAAUACAGAGAUGUGAAGUAGUUCAACUCUGGCUGAAUAAGGACCCAGAAUGUGGAUUUUGAAUCUGAUUCUACUUUCAUUUUCUUAUGAUCAAUCACAGCGUGUGCCUCAGAUCAUCUACAUGUAUAUGUUCAUCACUGUGAAAAUGACUGUGUCCAGGAGAGAUGCACUUUGUUCCACUUUUUUGGAACAUAAAAUUCAGUACUUGGAACUAGUACAACUCAUUUCUGCAGUUCUGAUAUUAUUCUAGACUUGAUAACUGUUGCUUUAUUUUAAUGUAGAAACCCUAUGGGAUUUGUGAGAAAUACCUGGGGAUUAUUUUCUGAAAGUUCAAGGAAGCAGCAGUUGUGCUGUGCAAUGAUAUAGGAGUUCUGUUUUGUAAAAGCAUAAACUGGUACUCAGGAGGUUUCUAUAAUGCCACAUAAAAAGGGGCUAAUCACAUGAGUAAUUAUUGCAAUUGGAUUUUAAGUUCCCAUCUUGUGCCUUUAAUCCCUUUUAACUGUCUCUUUAAAGAGCAACAAGAGGGCUGGGGAUGUGGCUCAAGCGGUAGCAUGCUUGCCUGGCAUGCGUGCGGCCCAGGUUCGAUCCUCAGCACCACGUACAAAGAAAGAUGUUGUGUCCGCUGAAAACUAAAAAAUAAAUAUUAAAAAAAAAUAAAGAGCAACAAGAACAAAAAAAGACAAAAAAUUCCUAAUAAAUUUAGGAAGUAGUCCUCACACUUUAAGGAAAUGUGCUUAGUUGAACAACUUUUAUCUUACCCUUUGCACACUUUAGUGUUUUUCCUUCUUAAAUUGACAGCAUCAGGGUUAUUGAUCAACAUUGUGCAGAGACUACAAGGAGUUUCCAUAUGGGAAUACAUCAUUAUGUUGGUAAUUCAGAGCAUUCACCUUUUACAUUUACUUAUAUAGGAGAUAUUUGUUCUGCAGAUCAUUGUUGGAGUCCAUUCUUAUUUUUUUCCUUUUUUGAAAAAGACAUUUGGGCCAGGUACAAUGCCUAUAAUCCCAGCAAAUCAGUAGGCUAAAGCAGGAGGGACACAAAUGCAAGGCCAGCAUCAGCAACUCUGUGAGACUCUGUCUCAAAAACUAAAGGGUUAGGGAUAUAGCUCAGUGGUAGAGUGGCCUGGUUUCAAUUUGUAGUACCGCACAAAAAUAGAUAAGUAAAAUAGGAAGAAAUUUUUCUUCUGUUUUUAUUUAUUUAUUGUGGUACUGGAGAUUGAACCCAGGGGCAGUCUACCUCUGAGCUAUAUCCCCAGCCCUUUUUAUUUUAUUUUUGAAACAGAGUUGCUAAGUUGCUGAGUCUGGCCUCGAACUUACGAUACACCUGUCUCAGCUUCCUGUUUUGUUGGAAUUACAGUUGUAUGCCACCACACCUGCCUUGUUGUCUUUUAGAAUAGGAACUAAAGCUUCAUUUCUCUGGGAACACUUCCAUUUUGUUUCAAGUUGCAGCUCAAACACCUUCUCUUUGAAUCCUUCCUUUCAUUCUUCUAGGCAAGGAUUACCAUAAUAUUUUGCUUAUGCCUGUGUUAUAUGACAUCACAUUGUAUUAUAAUUACUUGACUAUUUCUCCUUUUGUUCUGAGAUACUGAUGGGUGGAAAUCAUGUUUUACUCAUCCUGAUGUCUCUACUGUCUAGCACAGUGCCUCACACAGAGUAAAUACUGAAGUGUUUGAAGGAUGGAUGGAUGGUGGAUAUGGAGACAUUUGGCUUUACUAGAUUCUAUUUAUAGAUUGCCCAGCCAUUGGCUCCAAGGGGGAUUGAAUAAAAUUUGUUAAAAAUUAGAUCAUAUGAAUCCUCACUUGCCCUCCAAAGAGUCAACUAGGGCAUCUUUGUCUUUACAUACAGCAAAUUACUCAUAUUUUAUACUUGUUCAUCUGUUUACCUCAGUGUUGAUUGUAUAAGGAUGAUGUAUAACAAUGUGUAAAGUGUAUGUUUUGAAAAUAAUUUGUAUCCCCACAACUUUUAAAGUUUGUUGACAUUAAUACUAGCUCAGACCCAAACUUACCUCUUCCUCUUCAAAAAUUCAUUUUCUCUAUUUGUGGAAAAGGCUUAUGUUGUGUGUAAUAUAACUAAAUGUAAUAUAUGUAGCAA